UACGCCAUGUCGUCGCUGGUUGCGUCACUGCUGACCUCCACCGAUGCGGCCAUUGCCAGCCCGACGCCGCUGGCCCACACCUUGCUUGCUAUUCUCAAGGGCGUCCGCAAUGGCCUUGUCUACGGCGUCAAGGUCCGCGCGCCACAUGCUUUUGUCAUGACCUUCCUCUUCCGCGACGGAUCGCUCCGUGAGAAGCUGGCAGGCAUCCUAUCCGCCACUCAGACUCAUGCGACCAACCUCGCCGUCUUUGUCGGCCUGUUCAAGACCGGCAUGGCGCUACUGCGCGCGCUCAACGGCUCGUACGCGCCAGUCCACCCGUUCUUCUCCGGCCUCGUCGCCGGCUACACGGUCUUUGGCUCGUCGACCUCUGUCAACCGUCAGAUUGUCCUCUAUCUCUUCUCGCGCGUUGCUCUCGCGCUUGCGCAGUACAUCUACUCGCGCGCAACAGACGAUGCGCCUGCGCCCAAGCACGCCUUUCCCAUCUUUGCUGCUCUCGUCUGGGGCUUGGUCAUGUGGCUCUUCUACGAGGAGCGUUCGACCCUGCAGUCCUCGCUCCGCCGCUCCAUGGACUACCUCUACAUCAACGCCGACACCUUUUCGGAUCUCCGCACUCUCCUCUGGCACAACCAGUAG